AUGCCAUAUUUGAUGAGCAUUCUUGAUGAGCUGAUAUUCAGGGAGCGUCUCGACCGUAACAAGCCUCCGGGAUCUUACGACAUCGUGAACCAGCUCGUGAAGAGGCCAGUCGGUGUAGAGAAUGUCCAGGCCUCAUCGGUCGCUGACCCAGCAUUCUACUUUGAGGUGGUGGAGCAUGACAACAACCACGACUUCGCCUCAAAUGGAACGGUUUCCUCCCGGACCCAGCACGCGUUUGCGGAGGAAGGCUUUCGCGCUGACGGGGCUUGGACCCUCAACCCCCUCAACGACGGCUUGUAG